AUGGCGAGCGGCGUAAGGGAUUCGAGCAAGAAUAGCCGCGGUUUAUUUCUUCAAUUACACAAUGUUUCUUCUGCGGACCUUCUUUGGGAUGAAAAAAAAAGUAGAAAAAGGAAAGCUAAUGUUUCUUCUGAUUAUUUUGCCGUGGAAAGGUUAAUCUCCAGGAGGACAUCACAUGGAACGGUGAGUUCACAAUUUGCCCUGGUCUACGAUGUAUGUCAUUAAUUUUCUUACAUGCUAAAGUUUUAUAAUUAAAAUCUUCAGGUUCAAUAUUUGGUGAAAUGGAAGGGAUACAGCGCGUUUCAUAAUAGUUGGGAAGAUGAAGAUAACUUGACCACCGAUCUUAUUAGG